AUUGUACACUGCAUGAAUUCGUAUGCAUCAAGACAUCCGUGUUUGAAAACGUGGCAGGCAAGCCAAAUUGUUUGUUUUAAGUCUAACCGAUGGUACAAAUUAAGUUCACCAAAAUACACCAAUGAGGAAAGGUCAUACAAACUUACAGGUCAUACAAAAGUAAUGAGAAAAGAUCAUAAAAUGUAUGAAGCUUACACUGAACCACUGUAAAAUAUCGAGGAGUUACAGUAGAAAUUAUCAUGCAAAUAUACUUAAAAUGCAAAUGGAGCAAAUAUAGUUAUCAGCUCAGGUUAAUGGCGUGUACCUGAUAAUUCUAUUUACAGAAAAUCAUUUGAGCCGAAGUAGCAAAUUGAUUUUGGAGUCAUAACUUUUAUGAACUGAUAAGUUCAUUGCUCGGGACUAGCUAAGUUAAGCUUUGGAUUAGUAAUACUUGUAUUGGAGUAAUUAAAAUUUUAAUGACAAAUUAAAUUUGAUCAAAUUCUUACCAUGUCACCGACUGCUGGGUUUUUGAGCCGGGAUCCGACCGAUAUCGAAAGUCUUCUGUCACUGAACCCAAGAGUCAAAUCAACGGCUUCAGUGAAGCCAACAAAAAGCACAAAAGUUGAAAAACAACACUGGAAACGCAAUGUUAAUAUCAACGCCGCUACUUCAUGUGGGUCAAAAUGUAGCUCGGAUUCAAUUUUGACGAACGAUUUCUCCGAUAUUAAACAUACUACUCUAAGCGAACGAGCUGCGUUGCGAGAAGCAAACCGAUGUUUAAAAUGUGCCGAUGCGCCGUGUCAGAAAAGCUGUCCUACUCAGUUAGAUAUAAAAUCAUUUAUAACUAGCAUCGGUAACAAGAAUUACUACGGCGCAGCCAAGUCGAUUUUCUCCGAUAACCCCCUCGGGUUAACGUGUGGAAUGGUUUGCCCUACAAGUGAUUUGUGUGUGGGUGGGUGCAAUUUAUACGCUUCGGAGGAAGGACCUAUCAAUAUAGGGGGUUUGCAGCAGUUCGCGACCGAAAUCCUCCAGAAACUGCGUAUUCCGCAAAUCGUGGCACCAGAUAUAGUCACGAAGACUAAAAAUGACCCAAGUUAUGAUUCGAAAGUAGCUUUAGUUGGAUGCGGUCCUGCGAGUAUAAGCUGUGCCACGUUUUUGGCACGACUGGGAUACCGAGACGUGACAAUUUAUGAACGGAACUCAUAUGUCGGCGGAUUAAGUUCGUCUGAAAUUCCUCAAUAUCGGCUUCCGUUUAAUGUCGUGUCAUAUGAAGUAGAGCUCAUGGAAAACAUUGGUGUUAAAAUUGAGUUCAACAAAAGUCUCGGAAAGGAUUUUACGGUUGAAAAGUUGAUGUCCGAAAAUAAAGCAGUGUUUUUGGGGUUCGGACUUCCAGAACCGAAACUGAUCCCAGCGUUUGACAAUCUUACUGCUGAAAAUGGAUUUUACACCUCGAAAGAUUUCUUACCACUUGUGACCCAGUCUAGUAAACCCGAAAUGUGCGGUUGUAAGACACCGAAACUUCCGGUUUUGUCUGGCAGGGUAAUUGUUCUCGGAUGCGGCGACACUGCCUUUGAUUGUGCGACGUCAGCGCUACGUUGCGGGGCCUCGAAGGUCUUGGUUGUUUUCCGUCGUGGAUUCUCAAACAUCCGUGCGGUGCCUGAAGAGAUGCAGUUGGCGGUGGAAGAGAAGUGUGAGUUUGUCCCGUUUUUGUCUCCCAAGAGAGUGAUUGUGAAGUGUGGUAAGAUUAUGGGCAUGAAGUUCUUAAGAACUGAAGAGAAUGAGAGUGGACGGUUUGUGGAGGAUCCAGAGCAGGAGGCUACAAUUAAGGCCAACUAUGUGAUCUCGGCGUUUGGCUCUGGCCUGACGGACCCUGUGUUGAGAGAUGCGAUGAGUCCCCUGCCCUUCGACCAGUGGGGUCUCCCACUUGUCAAUGACAAGGAUAUGUCCACUUCCGUACCAGGAGUGUUUGUGGGCGGGGAUCUGGCGGGAGUGGCCAACACUACUGUGGAAUCAGUCAACGAUGGGAAGACGGCCGCCAUGUCCAUACACAAGUACAUACAAGGAACGGAUUCCUCGGCCAUCUCUAGUGGUCUUCCCCAGUUCUGUUCGGCUGUGGAUCUGGUGGACAUCUCAGUGGACAUUUGUGGCCUCCACUUGCCCAACCCCUUCGGACUGGCCAGUGCCCCUCCCACCACCACCUCCGCCAUGAUCAGGAGGGCAUUCCAACAGGGUUGGGGUUUUGUGCUGACGAAGACGUUUGGCCUGGACAAGGACAUAGUGACUAAUGUGUCGCCCAGAAUAGUGAGGGGCACUACAUCUGGCCACAUGUAUGGACCUGGCCAGGGCUCAUUUCUCAACAUAGAACUCAUCAGUGAGAAGAGUUGUGCCUACUGGUGUCAGAGUGUGCGUGAAUUGAAGCGUGACUUCCCCUCCCAGAUAGUGAUUGCAUCCAUCAUGUGUUCCUUCGACGAGGCAGAUUGGACUGAGCUGGCCAAGAGGGCGGAGGAGAGUGGGGCCGAUGCCCUGGAACUCAAUCUUUCCUGCCCACAUGGAAUGGGAGAGAAGGGCAUGGGUUUGGCUUGUGGUCAGGAUCCGGAACUUGUGCAGGCCAUAUGUCAGUGGGUGAGGACUGCUGUGUCUAUACCAUUCUUCGCCAAACUCACCCCCAACGUCACCAGCAUCGUCGCAAUUGCCAAGGCUGCCCAGGAUGGAGGGGCCGAUGGGGUGACUGCGACCAACACAGUGUCUGGCCUGAUGGGUCUGGAUGCGGGAGGCAGUGCAUGGCCCAAAGUGGGCAUUCAGCAGAGAACCACUUACGGAGGAGUUUCCGGCAAUGCAAUUCGUCCGAUUGCGUUGAAGGCGGUGUCUGCAAUCAGCAAAGCACUCCCUGGCUACCCUGUGUUAGCUACUGGGGGAAUAGACUCAGCCGAGGUGGCACUCCAGUUCAUUCACGCGGGCGCAGCUGCAGUCCAAAUAUGCAGCGCUGUCCAGAACCAGGACUUCACACUGAUCGACGACUACUGUUCUGGACUUCGGACCCUGCUGUACCUAAAGAGUCUGGAUUUGGACUCCCUCGGAUGGAAUGGACAGAGUCCCCCCACCCCCAAGCACCAAUUGGGAAAGACUGUCAAGCUACAGAACACAGGUCUCCCUUCGUUCGGAACUUAUUUGGUGGACAAGAAAUUGCGAGAGGCUAAACUCAAGAAAGAAACAGCUGCCAAUAAAGAUACAGUUACUGAAACUACUAAAAGGCAACUGCUGUCUCCGAAGCAAGUGAGAGGAGUGCCUAGAGUCAAUGAUUUGAUCGGAAAAGCUCUGGACCGAAUCGGAAACUGGUACGAAUUGAGUAGUAAGGAGCAGGUGGUGGCCCUGAUAGACGAAGACAUGUGCAUCAAUUGUGGCAAGUGCUACAUGGCCUGCAACGACUCUGGCUACCAGGCCAUCUCUUUCGACCCCCAAACACACCUGCCCAAGGUGACCGAUGACUGCACCGGCUGUACCCUAUGCGUGAGUGUAUGUCCAAUCAUAGACUGCAUCACCAUGGUCCAUAGAGAGGGGCCAUACAUUCCCAAGAGAGGAGUGCCCAUACAAGACCACACAAAUGACCACGAACAGCGACAGGUGUCGAAUGGAGUAAAAACCAGCGUGGAAAAUGGAGUGGUCAAAUUAGCCGAAUGUCAGUAGAUCGAAUUUAUGAUCUGGAAUUACUAGAUAAAUUCUAAUGUAUUACUAGAUUCAGCUAGAGUUAACCAUAUUUUUGUUCGCCAAAACUUUGUUUCAAGCUGAUAUAGCUUGGAGACUAUUAUUAGCGAUGACUUCAUUAAUGAUGAAUUGGUUUAUUAUUUGGUUACUUAAUUAAAAUGAAUUUGGCUAUUCUAUUCUGACUGAUCAUGCAACAGAUCAAUCAAUGUAUUCAAUCUAGAUGCGAUUUAGUAAUUAGUUGAUGGUUGUCUGAUUUAAUCGCUGCGUUCUAUGUUAUUAACUGAAUAUCCAAUUUGCUUAAAUAUUUAAUUUCAAUAUAUAAUGUGUUUUUGUGUUAAGUGUGGUGUACAUUGCUGAUUUAAAUUAUUCGGACAAAACGAUCAAAACUUGAGAAAAAUGCG